AACACGCUAAGAGAGCUUCUGUCACAGAAACUCACUAAAAUCUACACAGAUUCCUUCUUGCCUGCCAAUUCAAAAAUCAGCUGAUAAUCUCUAGACCCAAACUUUUUCAAUUUGAAUUCCCAAUUUUUAAUCUCCAUUUCCGAUUUUUCGGUGAAAGCAAGGACUAAAAAGCUGAGAUAGGCGCCGAAAAGUUUACAAUUAUUGCUUUUGUUGGGGAGUGGCUGAAUUUGGUUGAAUUUACGAUAAUUUUUGGGGAUUCGGUUGGGAAUUGCGAUCGGUCUCUUCUGAUGAUUUGUUAUUUCCGAUCAGUGUGCCAAUUGAGCUCAAUUUUGUAUAAUUUUCUGCCCGCGGAUGUGUUCUUUAUUUGUUGUUUAAAUUGCCUUAGAUUUCGUCUAAAAAUUUAAUAUUUUGACUUCUAGUUGUUGUCUGCAACUGUAUUAUCUUGGCCUCAAAUUUAUUUAUUUUGGGUCUGUAACUCGUUUGAAAUUUGGAGCUCAUUUAAGCAUAUUAUCUGUCAAGUUUGGAGUUUGAAGGUAAAAAGUAUUAGCGGUUAUUGUGUGGAGUUGAGUGAAAGUCUGUGACAAAUGGCUGAUCGGUUUAGGUCUGCUUCAAUUGAGGAAUUGCCCUCUCAUUUGAUUUUUGAGAUUUUGAUUACUGGUCGGCUUAGUGCAGUUGAUCUAGUAUGUCUAGAGUUGAGUUCUAAACUUUUUGGAGGGAGGGAUGAGUUGUACCCCCAUAAAUUCCGGUCGCUGGUGGAUUUUGCAGCAUUUCAUCUUUGUGCAUCACAUAGCAUAUAUGCAGAGAUGAGUUCGAAAGUACAGAAAGAGCUCUUUUAUCGAUGUAAUGAAAAUUGGAAGCAUGUUUUGAGAUUCUUGCAGUCUGUGGAGCAUUCUUCUGGCAUGGUCAAAACCUCAGCAGGCAAUCAGAUGCAGAUAACAACUGAAAGGUAUCACACAUUGCUGAUCAGCAAUUCCUCAGUUUACUCUUGUGGUUCCAAUUUAUGUGGUGUUCUUGGUCAUGGUCCUGAAACAACACAGUGUGGAGCAUUGACACGGAUUAAUUUUCCAUAUGCAGCACAUGUGGUCCAAGUUUCAGCCACCCAAAAUCAUGCUGCUUUUGUUCUCCAGUCUGGAGAGGUUUUCACAUGUGGAGAUAAUUCAUCAUAUUGCUGUGGUCAUAGAGAUACAAGCCGUCCCAUAUUUAGGCCUAGGCUUGUUGAUGCUCUGAAGGGAGUUCCUUGCAAGCAGGUUGCUGCAGGGCUUAAUUUUACUGUGUUCCUAACAAGACAAAGUCAUGUCUACACAUGUGGGUCCAACAUAUACGGCCAGCUUGGUCAUGGUGACACUGUAGACAGGCCAACACCCAGAAGUAUUACAUUACUUGAGGCAGUUGGCUCUGUCGUUCAGAUUGCUGCUGGUCCAAGUUAUGUCCUGGCAGUAACAGGAAAUGGGGAAGUUUACUCAUUUGGUUCUGGUUCCAAUUUCUGUCUUGGACAUGGAGAACAGCAUAAUGAGUUCCAACCGCGUGUGAUCCAGACAUUUAGGAGAAAGGGCAUUCAUGUAGUUUGUGUCUCUGCUGGUGACGAGCAUGCAGUGGCACUUGAUUCCAGUGGAUUUGUAUAUACUUGGGGCAAAGGUUACUGUGGUGCUCUUGGCCAUGGUGAUGAGAUUGAUAAGACUAUUCCAGAACUCUUGAGCAGCCUUAAGAGCCGCCUAGCUAUCCAGGUCUGUGCUAGAAAGAGGAAAACUUUUGUUCUGGUUGAUAAUGGUUCGGUUUAUGGCUUUGGGUGGAUGGGGUUUGGUAGCCUUGGGCUUACAUAUGAUAAAGUGAUGAAGCCACGGAUCCUCGACAGCUUAAGAGGUCUUCAUGUUUCUCAAAUUAGCACUGGUCUGUACCACACUGUUGUAGUCACUCAACAAGGACGACUAUUUGGUUUUGGAGAUAAUGAGCGAGCCCAACUCGGACUCGAUGAGUUAAGAGGAAGCCUUCAACCGACUGAAAUUUUUCUUCGGAAAACUGAAGACGAGGCUGAUGUUGUUUCCCAGAGUGCAUGACCUACAUGGUAUUUCUUUUACCUGUUUUCUGUAGAGUGUUAAGGUAUUAUUUAUUUAUGAACAAUAAUGGAUGUUUUCCCUUAAGAUUUCUUAUAGAAUUUCAUGAAACUGUAACUGUGAAUUCAGGGUAAAUCAGUGUUGUAUUGAAACAAGUUGUAGUAUGCAGUAACUCUUGCUUUUAGUGGUUUUUUUGUUUAAAAAAAAAAAAAAUCUGUCAUACAAUUUGAAAGUUUUAAUACAUUUCUGAAAUUGCUUUUGCUGCCUCUA